GGGAAGAGCAGAGGAGAGAGGCCCUGAGUGAGAGGGUAUGGAGGCAGAGAGAGAGAGACACUAUACAUGAGAGCUGACAGUGCUGAGAGGGACAGAGAGACAGACAGAGACUGUAUACAUGAAAGUAGACAGGCCUGAGUGACAGGAUAGAGAGACAGACAAACAGGCCCUGAGUGACAGAAUAGAGAGACAGACAGGCCCUGAGUGACAGGAUAGAGGGACAGACAGGCCCUUAGUGACAGGAUAGAGAGACAGGCAGGCAGGCCCUGAGUGACAGGAUAGAGAGACAGACAGGCCUGAGUGACAGGAUAGAGAGACAGACAGGCCCUGAGUGACAGGAUAGAGAGACAGACAGGCCCUGAGUGACUGGAUAGAGAGACAGACAGACAGGCCCUGAGUGACUGGAUAGAGAGACAGACAGACAGGCCCUGAGUGACUGGAUAGAGAGACAGACAGACAGGCCCUGAGUGACUGGAUAGAGAGACAGGCAGACAGGCCCUGAGUGACAGGAUAGAGAGGCAGACAGGCCCUGAGUGACAGGAUAGAGAGGCAGACAGGCCCUGAGUGACAGGAUAGAGAGACAGACGGGCCCUGAGUGACAGGAUAGAGAGACAGAUUGUAUACAUGAGAGCAGAGAGAGCCGAGUGUGUGUGACAGAGGGGGGUGGGGGACCAGGGGCUCUAAAGAGAGGGAUAUUCAGUAUGAUACUUCCAAGGAGGAGGUGCUUGGAGCUGAGUUGGUCCCUUUGGAUAGUGAGAUUAUGUAGAUACCCACGUGACACUCUCUCCUCCUCUCCUGACAGCCUACUGAGACUCUCACACAAGCAGCUACAGAGCACUUUCAGCAACAUGUCUCGCAAGGAUGGACCCGAGGACAAGUACCAUGGGGUUGGAAUUAUCUUCUUUAUUCUCGGCCUUGGCACUCUGCUGCCCUGGAAUUUCUUCAUCACGGCAAUCCCGUACUUCCAGUACCGUCUGAAAACUGUGGAACCUGAAGAACGAUUUUUAAUAAUCAAUGACUCUGAUGUUCGGUCUGCAAGUCUGAACAUCUCUGAGGUCCAAAUAGAAGAUAAGUUCAACUUCAACAACUGGAUGACUCUGCUCGCUCAGCUCCCUCUGCUUCUCUGCACACUCCUUAACUCCUUCCUUUACCAAUGCAUACCAGACAAAGUGCGCAUCACAGGUAGUAUGUUCGCUAUCCUUGGUCUCUUCAUGAUCACUGCUAUCCUGGUCAAGGUGGAGAUGAGUGCCCAAAGCUUCUUUGAUGUCACUAUGACCACCAUCUGGUUUAUAAACGCAUUCUGCGCCAUACUACAGGGAAGUCUCUUCGGCCUGUUGGGCCUGUUCCCCCAGAAUUACAGCAGCCUGUUCCUCAGUGGUCAGGGAAUGGCCGGAACCUUCGCUGCGCUGGCUAUGCUGCUGUCUAUGUCUAUGCUGCAAUAGCACGAAACAUGUUGGAUUUCUAGGCACUGAGCUGUUAGGCUGACACGCUUUUGGCUGUGAUAUCGUUACUUACUUUCUGUGACUGCUCACAGUAUACUUUUAUGGAUACACAAUAAAGAGACUUUUAAACCCA